AUGGCGUUUUUCUUUCUUCCUUCCUUUCUUUCUUUCUUUCUUUCUUUCUUUCUUUCAUUUUCUCUUUCUUUCUUUUCGUUUUCUUCUUCUUUAACUUCACUAAUAUGGCGUUUUUUUCUUUUUCCUUCCUUUCUUUUUCUUUCUUUGUUUUUUCUUUCUUUCUUUUCGUUGUCUUUUCUUUCUUUUCGUUUUCUUCUUCUUUACACUUCUUUCGUCUUUCACUAUAAUAUUUAUAUAAGUUUAUCGUUUUUCUUUCUUCCUUCCUUUCUUUUUCUUUCUUUCUUUCUUUCUUUCUUUUUCAUUUUCUCUUUCUUUCUUUUCAGUACUUUUCUUUUUUUUUUCAUUUUCUUUCUUUCUUUCUUUUUUUCGUUUUUUUCUUCUUUUAACUUCUUUAAUAAUAUGGCGUUUUUUUUUUCCUUCCUUCCUUUCUUUUCUUUCUUUCUUUCUUUCAUUUUCUCUUUCUUUCUUUUCGUUUUCUUCUUCUUUAACUUCACUAAUAUGGCGUUUUUUUUCUUUCUUCCUUUCUUUCUUUCUUUCUUUCUUUUUUUCUUUCUUUCUUUUUUCGUUUUUCUCUUUUCUUUCUUUUCGUUUUCUUCUUCUUUAACUUCAUUUAUAUGGCGUUUUUCUUUCUUUUCUUCCUUUUCUUUAUUUUUCUUUUCUUUCUUUCUUUUUUCUCUUUCUUUCUUUUCGUUUUCUUCUUCUUUAACGUCACUAAUAUGGCUUUUCUUUUUUUCAUCUUUUCUCAUUUUCUUUCUUUUCGUUUUCUUUCUUCUUUCUUUCUUUAAUAUGGCUUUUUUUUUUUUUCUUCCUUCUUUCUUUCUUUCUUUCUUUGUUUUCUUUUCUUUUCAUUACACUUUUUUCUUUUCGUUUUUCUUCUUAUUUUUAACUUCACUAAUUGGCUUUUUUUCUUUUCAUUCCUUCCUUUUUUUUUUUCUUUCUUUCUUUUUUUUUUUUCUUUCUUUCUUUUCUUUUUUCUUCUUCUUUAACGUCACUAAUAUGGCGUUUUUUCUUUCUUCAUUCCUUUCUUUUCUUUCGUUUUCUUUCUUAAUUUAUCAGUACUUUUCUUUAUCUUUCUCGCUGAGCAUUCCUUCGUCCUUUAUUUUUCCUUUCUUUCUUUCUUUCUUUCUUUUUAUUUCUUUCUUUCUUUUCGUUGUCUUUAACUUCACGAAUAUAAUGUCGUUCUUUCUUUUUUCUUUGUCUUCUUCUUUAACUUCACUAAUAUUGCGUCUUUCUUUCUUUCUUUCUUUCUUUUUUCAUUACGCUUCUUUCAGAUUAAUUAUCUUUAAAAUAUCUUUUUCUUCUCAUUUCUUUGGUACCCCCUCUCUCUUUCUCUCACCGCCCCCUAUUCUCUCUUUCCCAACAUUCACUUUCUCCACAUCCUUCCCCCCACCCCUACCCUCACACAUCAUCAUGUGCCACCUUCUUCCCAUCCCUUCCCUUCUGAUUUGCCGAUAUGUCAGACCGCGCUGA